GAGACUUUUGUGCAGGAGCUGGUCCUCUGCUGUGCCAGCUGCAGCACGCAGCACCAUCCGCAGACAUGCUGGGAGCCUGGACACUGCUAUCACUUCUGCUGCUACAGCUGCUGGGCCUCCGGCUACAGCCGACCCUCAGCAUCAUCCCAGCGGAGGAGGAGAGCCCGAACUUCUGGAACCAAAAGGCAGCUGACGCCCUGGCAGCAGCUAAGAAGCUGCAGCCCAUUGACACGGCGGCUAAGAACCUCAUCCUGUUCCUGGGGGAUGGGAUGGGGGUGCCCACGGUGACCGCCACCAGGAUCCUGAAGGGGCAAAAGCAGGGCCAGCUGGGGCCGGAGACGCCUCUGGCAAUGGACAAGUUCCCGUACCUGGCACUGUCUAAGACAUACAACGUGGACAGGCAGGUGCCAGACAGUGCAGGCACAGCCACCGCGUACCUGUGUGGUGUCAAAGCCAACUACCAGACGAUCGGCCUGAGUGCGGCUGCUCGAGUCAGUCAGUGCAACACAACCCAGGGCAACGAGGUCCUCUCCGUGAUGUACCGGGCCAAGAAAGCAGGGAAGUCUGUGGGGAUAGUGACCACCACCAGGGUCCAGCACGCCUCUCCAGCUGGCACAUAUGCGCACACUGUGAACCGCAACUGGUACUCAGAUGCCAACAUGCCCGCCUCAGCACGAGAAGAUGGCUGCCAGGACAUCGCCACACAGCUCGUCUCCAACAUGGACAUUGACGUGAUCCUGGGUGGAGGCCGCAGGUAUAUGUUCCCCCGAGGGACCCCAGACCCUGAGUACCUAAACGACACCAACCAGGCAGGACUUAGGCUGGACGGGAAGGACCUGGUGCAGGAAUGGCUCGCAAAGCACCAGGGGUCCCGCUAUGUGUGGAACCGCACAGAGCUCAUGCAGGCGUCCCAGAACCCAGAGGUGACUCGCAUCAUGGGCCUCUUUGAGCCCUCGGAUAUGAAAUAUGAUUUCUACCAAGACCGUGAGCUGGACCCUUCCCUGGUAGAGAUGACAGAGGUGGCUGUGCACAUGCUGAGCAGGAACCCCAGAGGUUUCUACCUCUUCGUGGAGGGAGGCCGCAUUGACCACGGACACCAUGAGGGCUCGGGCUAUCGUGCCCUGCAUGAGGCGGUUGUGUUCGACUCUGCUAUUGACAAGGCCAGCCAGCUCACCAACGAGCAGGACACCCUGAUUCUAGUCACUGCUGAUCACUCCCACGUCUUCUCCUUUGGGGGCUACACCCUGCGGGGGACCUCCAUCUUUGGGCUGGCCCCCUCCUUGGCCUCAGAUGAUAAAAACUACACCUCCAUCCUGUAUGGAAAUGGCCCUGGGUACCCUGGUUCCCCCAGGCCUGAGGUCAGCGACAGUGAGAUCUACAACUCCAGCUACUUGCAGCAGGCGGCCGUGCCCCUGUCCUCGGAGACGCACGGUGGCGAGGACGUGGCCGUGUUUGCGCGCGGCCCGCAGGCGCACCUCAUGCACGGCGUGCAGGAGCAGAGCUACGUGGCGCACCUCAUGGCCUUUGCUGGCUGCCUGGAGCCCUACACCGACUGCGGCCUGCAGCCGCCCCCCUCCAUGGAUACCCCCAUAGGCGCUGGUCCAGACUCUGCGCUGCCUUCGCUGCCGCUCCUGGCCGGGACUGUGCUCCUGCUGCUGCUGGCCACCACUGCGCCCUGAUGGCAGGCCCAGUGGGUCCUCACGGGUGUUGCGUGUGUCCUCCACCCUCGCCACCCUGCCUCCAGGGGGCCCACUCAGCGACCUCCAUUGCGACCUCCACGACCCCCGCGCCCUUUCCUGGCCUCCGUAGAGCCGCCCCGCCUGCCGGGCUGCGAAUCGGCCUCUGCGCUCCGCGGGCCGCACCUCCGGGACCCCCGGGCUGCACCGGGUCCCCCAGCGCCCCGCUGCACCCCGUGCCUGUGAGUCACUUCCAGCCUGCCGGGGACAGCGCUCUGUUCCCCGCUGCAGCUGGAGGCCCCGGGCCGCCUCCCUUGGGCCCGGCUGAGGAGCAAAAGCAACAAUAAAGAUCGCGGGAUGGCCGGACA